AAGGAAAAUAUCUAUUAUUUUAUUGUGUUUGUAAAAUACUUUAUCUUAGUAGCCUUUAUAACUAGGUUUAGAAAGAUAUUUAAAUCUCACGUUAGUCUUAUCUUAUCUUAUAUGAUACAGUCUAUGUACUUUCGUAUUUUUUCCCGGACAACCUAAUUUCUAGGCCUACGUAGUUUUACUAUUAAAAGAAUAUUAAAAAGGUCUCUUUAACAUGAGACCUUAUUCAGAGCUGGUGAACAUUGGGCUGAAACUACAGACUUUAGAGAAGAUUAAAGAAUGUUUAGAAAAUGUUUUAGUGGACAUUGAUUUGGUCAAGGUAAAAGGUGAAUUGUGGAUUGAAGAAAAAGAAACAUCAUCUUUUAUCGAAAUGCAAAAAUAUAUUACAGAUAAAAUUUCAGAUAUUUUACAACGUUGUGUAUCUGUAACAAGUAAUGAAUUUAAUGAAUUGCAUGGGCAGUCUUCAAGCUCAGAACAAGUUGAUAGAGAUGCUAAAUCUUUGAAAACAGCUGAAAAAAUCUCAACACUGGUUUCUAAAGAAUCAGAAUUUCUGAGAAUGACAGAGAAAGUCAAUGAAAUGAAUACUAAUUUCACUUUGCAAAGUAAAAAAAUAAGGAAACUACAUCAAAAACUUAAAGAUCUACAAAAAAUGUAUACAAGACUUGAGGAUACUUUAGACACGCAUUUAAAUAGUUGUGCGAAAGAAAAUAAAUCAAAAUCCAAUGGAACACAAGAAAAGUUAAAUAAACAUUUUUUAGAAUUUCAAAAAGAAUUCAUGACAGAACUUGAGGCUGCAAGUAGAUUUAUAUCCAAUCUACAAGAUCAAUGUCAUAAUGUUUCUAAAGAAUUAAAGAAAAAACAAGAAAUAGACAAAGAACAGGAGAUGAAUGUCAGUAAUCAGAUACAACAUUUGUUUGAAAAACAAGACGAGCUAAGUAACAAGUAUGAAAACAUCCUUAAAAAUCACGAAUAUCUUGAAUUUCGUUGUCAACAAACUGGAAGAACCAAUGGGCAAAAUAAUGAAGAUUGUUCUCAUAUAAAAGAGCUCAUUAAUGAAGUCCAGGAAGAUAACAAAACGACUGAAGAAGUCAUUGAAGAUUCCAGAGAAGAUCAAAGUGACCUACACCUUUUAGAGGACCCAGAAGGAAGACUUUCUCUUGAGAACAAGCCAAGCGAGGCGGAAAAUGAAGAAUAUUCUAAAGUAAGCCAAACAGAUCAGCAGUUUUCACUGCCUUCAGAAGAAAAAGAUUCCCCAGUCUACAGUGUGAUGGAAGCAGAGAAGUCUGAGGAAAGUACACCUAGAAAAACAUCUGCACCUAAAGUAAUGAAAAAUUUCUUGUUUUCAUUAUGGAAAAAGGGGGAAAAGAAAUAUCGCUUUGGUGAGAAAGAUAACGAAAGAUAUAGAAUGGGGUAUCCUGGUCUAAAAGAUGAUAUGAACUUGAAAGCAAAUUACAAAUUUUACAUUGGAAAGAUUGAGUCUCAACCACAUGGUGACUAUAUUGAUAAGAUUCACAAAUACUGGGAAAAAGAUUACAAUCGUUUGGAGCUGCAUGAUGGUUACAUACAGUGGAUUUUCCCGAUUCGUGAAGAAGAUAUGAACAGUCUAGCACAGCCAUUACAGUUACAUGAAGCAGAGGCCAUUCAGAAAAACCCCGCAGCUAAGGCUCGUGUUUUGAAAUCCUACAAGAUGAUGCUUGGCUUCUAUGGCAUGAAACUAGUAGAUGAGGAAAGAGGAACAAUUCAAAGAGCUGGGAACUAUCGGGAGUGCUUUGAAAAUUUGACUUAUCGCACUCACAACUAUCUACGUAUCACUCGCAUUCUGAAGUCACUUGGAGAACUGGGAUACGAGCACCUUAAGAAACCAUUCCUUGAGUUUGUCCUUCAUGAAGCUUUGGUGGAAAAAACUUUGGCCCCUACUUUGAGCAGCUGUGAGAAUUACUGGAUUGGAACAAUUAAAAAUGAUGCUGACAGGGAAGAACUCUAUACUCUUAUUGAUGAAAGCAACAAGGCUAAAAAUGAUCGAGGUCCAAAUCCUAUUUAAAGACCAAUGCUACAAUUUUAUCCUUAAACUUUUGAUACUAAAUUAAUAUAUGCUAAUCAUUGAAUUUUUUUUUAGAAUUGCAAAAUCACUUUCAUGUAUGAUUAUUAGUAAAUAAUUCAAUUAUUUAAAGCGAUUUUCUUAACAAUGCUAUGAUAUAACUUGCAGUCAUCAAGCAUGAGUUUGUUGUAUGAUAGUUUCCUCAUUUACAAUUUUCUAUGACCUUUUUUUAAAAUUGUUUUAAUGCUCUUAAUCUGUUUUGUUUUGUUUUAAUUUCAUGUUGAUCUUUGUCCCACAUGAAACUGCCUGAGAAUGGCUAGUAACCUAUGUGGGCAUCCGAGCUUGGACAGAAUCUUCUAUAAUCCUUCGCGACUGACCGUGUCGACAGCCUCGGUUAGAUCCACAAAGGCAACGUAUAAGUCAAGGUUCCUCUCUCUACAUUUUUUCUUGUAACUGUCUCAAAACAAAUAUAUCAGAUGCUCUCUGUUAGUUCUUAAGCCACUUUGACUCUCAAAUAGCACCUCAUCCACUAUAGAAUUAAGGUGGACUCGCGCAAAGAUCUUUCCUGCUACUGGCAGAAGUGUGAUAUCUCGAUAGUUGGAACAGUCUUGUCACCCUUUUUGUAUUAGGAUAUAAUAAUGACAUCUGUUAUAAAAAUGUCUCGAAGAUCAGGUGGAACAAUGCAUUUUUCACAGUAUACAGUGAACAAGCCUGUUAGUCUUUCUGUUAGGGCAUUACCUCCGAGUUUUUACAUUUCCGCCAGAAGGCCAUCAGAAGCAGGUGCUUUGUUUUGUUUGACUCUACUCACUGCAUGUACAACUUUCUCAAAUGUCAGCGUAUACAAUCAUUCAUCCAGUUUUGUCUUCUAUCUUAAAUUACAUAAUACAGACGUUACUUCAAAAAAGAAGAUGAUUGCGUCCUAAGCGUCAUGCAUCUAGUCAUACAUGUUAACCAAUAACUUAAAGUCUGCCAAGUCACUGGUUUUCCUGGCUGGCUCAGGCAACCAAUUCCAUGCUCUAAUAGCACUAGGGAAAAAGGAGCAUUUGUACCCGUUUGUCCUACCAUAUGGGACGAGCAGUGUGCCUUUAUGUUUGUGUCUUUCUGAGAAUUUUAUUAGAUUUUGUUUUUGUAUCUCAAGAUUAUGGUUCAGUGUUAAGUUUUCUAUCCUGAAGGCUCUCUAAAUUUAGUGAUUUUACUAAAAGUGUUACUCUAGUCAAACGUGAAUAUUCGUUUGUUAUUAAUCUCACUGCUCUAUUUUGUGUCUGAGGGGUCCCAAACAGACAUAUUCUAUUAUUGGCCUAAAUAACAUUUUAGUUUUAUGUUUUUAUUUGAUUUAUAGAAAUCUGUUAUAAUAAACCUCAAUGCUUUGUUUGAUUUUUUUUUUAUAGUUUCAUCAAUAUGGGGAUUCCAUGACAGUUUUUUUUAUUUAUUAUAACACCUAGGUAUUUUGCGUUUUUAGUCUGUGUUAUUGGUGUUACUUUUAAAGUCAUCUGUCAUAAUCCUUUGGCGUUCUUAUAUUUUUCCGAGGUCUCUCUAAUUGAGCCAAUUACUAUACACUCUGUAAUGUAUUCAUACAUUUUCACUCCGUAUAUGGUCUAACGCUAGCCGUAGCUUUCAUCAACUUUCCUUUGUUUGAGGUUAUUUGAAUAGAGUAUGUUGUGUUGUAUUGUCAAGUAAAAACAUACAAAUACAGAGAUAGUAUUAUAUUUUUCUCAACCCCAUUCCUGAUAACAUUUUCACAAACUCGUGCACCCUUUGUCCACAUUAGGCAUCAUUUUACAUGAUAUAUUUGUACUGUAGUUGUCAAUGAAGUUCUAGACAAAAUUUGUGUGUAAAAGCCAUUGGUGAACCUAUCACAAGGGAGAUAAAUAAUAUAAAUAGACAUUUUUCUGAGUCAUUCCAGAGUGCAUCUUCUUCGCAGAAUACAAUUGUUUUUACCAUACUUGGUUCACUAGAGACAGACCAUUAGUAAUAAUUUUCUUUUAAAGUUUUGUUUUAAUUAACUAUAAUAAUAAUAUAGAAAAGCAUUUUUUCAAUUGAAAAAAAAAAUGAAAUAUUAAAUUUAAUCUCUAAUAUGUUCUCGGGCAAUCAGGAUAUAGCCAAUGUCUAAAUGGAAAUGAGAGGAACAAUGAGAUUUUAUAGGUCCUUAGUUCACAUCAUAACUAGCAAUUGUUUUUAUUAGUACAUUUUUUGUUGAGAACUUUCUUUCAUUUAACUUUAUGUUCUCCUAGUAUGCUUUGUGGUCAUUACUUGAUUAGUCUCUUCAAAAAGUUGAGUAUGGAUGGCUGCCUGGUCGUGCGAUUUGCGCGCUGGACAGUCGUUUGGAUUUAUGGAUGGUCCCGGGUUCAAACCCUGCCUGCUCCCAUCCCCCGUCGUCCCGCGGGAGGUUUGGACUAGGAAGUAAACUAUUUUCAACUCUGAAGGAACAUCCGAAAUAUGUAAAACAUUUUACAAAACAAUCUUUUUAGCUAUUAUUGUUUAAUAUUAAUUUUUCAAUGUCAAAACUGAUAUAGAAGUGUUACAAUGUUAUAAACAACUAUCCAGUUUCUCCUAGCUACACUCUACCUAUUCUACCUUCUCCGAGACAUGCAUGUAAGUGGCUAAUUUAUUUUUGAGUUUGUCUGUUUAAUGAAUAAUUCUUGAGUCCAAAUGUUGUUAAUAAUCAAAAUAGUUUUUUAAAUUUAUUUUAAUUUAAUUACGCGAAAUACCUCUGGUCUCUAGUAAGUCUCUACAUAUUAACAAUUGAGGCUGUGAAUUCUACAAACAACAAGAGUGAUUGUUGUGACAAUUGUGCAGCCUAAAUAUUUUGACACAAUAGUUUUCAUUGCCUUUCUUCCUGUGUACUUUUGAGCUGAUUCAUUCAGCACACAUUUUGAUUUUUUAGUUAACUUUAUAAAACAAGCAAAAUACAAAUUUUAAAAAAUACGUUUUUAAAAAAACAAAGCUUAUAUUGAUGUGCAUCAAUUAGUUUAGAUCAGUCAUAUAAUUAAAUGUGCGAUUAGUAAUUUUUUUUUACCAAAUUGUUUUUGUUUAGCUCAUUUUCAUGCUUUUAGUGUUAUCAAUACGCUAUGACCCUAUCACUUGUCUGGACCAGUUGGAAAGGUGGAGAAUGAACGGGAUGUCUGGGUGGUCGCUUUGUAAAAAAUAUUUUUUUAAAAAAGGUACGACAUGAAUUCGAACUUUUUGGUAUGCUAAUAUGUUAAUAUUGCGUCAUUGUUUGUUGGGAAUGUUUUUUGUGAGAAAGUACUUAAAGGGAUGUGACGUAAUAGAAUGAUAGUCUACUUAGAUCAAUCCAAAGUCUCUGUUUAUUAAUUGUUAUUAUUAAUGUCUACAGUAUUUUAUUUAUUUGUCUGUGACAACAGAACAUUUGGCAAAAGCCUUCCCAGGCUUCUCAAGCCUACGCGGUAACCACUCUGCUAGCAAAGAGUCCAUGAUCAUGGAAGAUUGUAGAGUUAUCUAUUGUUUCUAUUUCUGUUUGUGUUCACUAAGCCUCAGACGGCAGCCUAAUAUAAAGGGGAGUGUAUUACCACUUCAGUGAAGUAGGCCUACUAUUUCUUCCCAUUGUUUAAAAAACCAAACAAAGUAAUUUAUUACCACUAGUUAAUUACCUCAUUAAUUUUUUUUUAUUCUUGUAUUGUCAGGUAAAAGAAAUAAUUGUGCAAAAUUUCAUCUUGAUCCGAGAUUGGGUGUCGGAGAAAUAAUGUGUACAAACUUUUGGCCAGACAGACAGAGUGAGUUGAUAUAAGCUUUGUAAAAAUGUUUUUACUUUACUUUAACAAAAGAAAUUUUUGUUAUCUGUAUUUCCAUUAUUUUAUUUUAUAUUUCAUUAAAAGGAAAAAGAAAAUUG